AUGGUGCAGUGGAAGCUGGAGUUGGCGAGAUCCAUGGAGAAAAUGCUGGGACUGAAGCUGAGCGAAGAUUUGGUGCUGGUGGUGCUGACGACGUCGGUGGCGGUGAUCGUAGGGUUUUUGGUUUUUAUGUGGAAGAGAUCGAGUGAUCGGAGUAACGAGGCGAGUGCGGUCGUGGUUCUCAAGCCGGUGCGGCUUAAGGAUGAGGACGAGGACCUUGAUGUUGACCCGGACAAGGAUAAAGUCACGGUGUUUUUUGGUACCCAGACUGGUACUGCUGAGGGUUUCGCAAAGGCUUUAGCAGAGGAAAUUAAAGCUAGAUAUGAGAAGGCAUUCGUGAAAGUUGUUGACUUGGAUGAUUAUGCUGCAGAUGAUGAUCAGUACGAGAAAAAACUCAAGAAAGAGACAUUAGCAUUUUUCAUGCUGGCUACUUACGGAGAUGGAGAGCCAACCGAUAAUGCUGCUAGAUUUUACAAAUGGUUCACUGAGGAGAAAGAAAGAGAGCCCUGGCUUCAGCAUCUUACAUAUGGUGUAUUUGGUUUGGGUAACCGACAAUAUGAACAUUUCAACAAGAUAGCGAAGGUAGUUGAUGAACAGCUUAGCGAACAAGGGGGGAAACGUCUAGUACAAGUCGGUCUUGGUGAUGAUGAUCAAUGCAUUGAAGAUGAUUUUUCUGCUUGGCGGGAACAACUAUGGCCUGAGUUAGAUCAAAUUCUAAGGGGUGAAGAUGACCAGCAUUCUGCGUCUACCCCAUACUCUGCUGCAAUUCCGGAAUAUAGAGUAGUAACUUAUGAUCUUGCAGCAACAUCGUAUAAUAAUGAAUACUCAAGCAUCCCUAAUGGCAAUGCUUCAUAUGACAUUCACCAUCCAUGCAGAGUCAAUGUUGCUGUUGUAAAAGAGCUUCACACACCAGAGUCUGAUCGCUCUUGCAUACACCUGGAGUUUGAUGUAUCAGGCACUGGCAUAACAUAUGAAACUGGAGACCAUGUUGGUGUUUAUGCUGAAAAUUGUGAUGAAACUGUGGAAGCAGCAGCAAAAUUGUUGGGUCAGCCUUUAGAUCUACUGUUUUCUGUUCACAGUGACAAUGAAGAUGGUACGCCCCUGGGAGGCUCAUUACCACCUCCCUUUCCUGGUCCAUGCACGCUUCGUACUGCUCUAGCACGCUAUGCAGAUCUUUUGAAUCCUCCUCGAAAGGCUGCUUUGGUUGCAUUGGCUGCUCAUGCAUCUGAACCUAUUGAAGCAGAAAGGCUUAAAUUCUUGUCAUCACCUCAGGGGAAGGAUGAGUACUCACAAUGGGUGGUAGGAAGUCAGAGAAGUCUCCUUGAGGUGCUGUCUGAGUUUCCUUCAGCAAAACCUCCUCUUGGUGUAUUUUUUGCUGCAGUAGCCCCUCGCUUGCAGACGAGAUACUAUUCUAUUUCUUCCUCUCCCAGAUUUGCUCCAAGUCGAGUUCAUGUGACUUGUGCUGUAGUUCUAGGUCCGAGCCCCACCGGCCGAAUUCACAAAGGAGUGUGUUCAACCUGGAUGAAGAAUGCAGUUCCUCUGGAGAGAAGCAGUGACUGUAGCUGGGCUCCUAUUUUUAUCAGGCCAUCUAACUUUAAAUUGCCAGCUGAUCCUUCCAUUCCAAUCAUUAUGGUGGGACCUGGUACUGGCUUGGCACCUUUUAGAGGAUUCCUACAGGAAAGACUGGCCUUGAAAGAAGAAGGUGCCCAACUUGGAGCUGCUUUAUUCUUUUUCGGCUGUAGGAAUCGUCGUAUGGAUUUCAUUUAUGAAGACGAGCUAAAAGAUUUUGUGGAGCAAGGUGUAAUAUCAGAGUUGAUUGUUGCAUUCUCAAGGGAGGGACCACAAAAAGAGUAUGUUCAACACAAAAUGAUGGAAAAGGGUGCCGAACUAUGGAGUUUAAUUUCCCAGGGGGGAUAUCUUUAUGUAUGCGGAGAUGCCAAAGGAAUGGCCAGAGAUGUCCAUCGCACCCUGCAUACCAUUGUCCAAGAGCAGGAAAAUGUGGACUCAUCAAAAACAGAGGCUAUUGUGAAGAAACUCCAAAUGGAUGGUCGGUACCUCAGGGACGGCCACAGAUUGCUGUCACUGCGAAGAGCCGGCACCACCUGUGGAAAGAAUCCGUCGAAAAAGUGGAAUGAAGACGCUCUGAGCAACAUCGCGCCUGCAUGCAGCAGGUGCAACGACGCUGGGCCGCUUCGAGCAACAUCAAUGGCACCUCGAGCAAUAGUGCUCCAACAGUGA